ACGAGGAGCGUCGCGCCGUCGAGUGAGUCCCCAGACAAGAUCGACAUCGCCGUGCGGUUCAAGAACGGCGAUACCACGACAGUGACCGGCUGCACGCACAUCCUGUACGCCUCCGGGCGCGUGCCCAACACGGACAGGCUCAAUCUGGGCGCGGCGGGCGUCGAGACGGACAAGAAGGGCUACAUCGUGAUCAACGACUUCCUGCAGACGUCGGCGCCGCACAUCUAUGCGCUGGGCGACGUCAAGGGCGCGCCGGCGUUCACGCACAUCGCCUACGACGACUUCCGCAUCAUCCGGGCGAACCUGGUGGCUCCAGCGGCGCGACUCAUCCGGCUGUCGACGAAGGACCGUGUGGUGCCGUACGUCGUGUAUACCGAUCCACAGCUGGCGCACGUCGGCCUGCACGAGCAGGAAGCCCGCGAGAUGUUCCCAGACAAGCGCAUCAUGACGGCGCGCAUGCCCAUCAGCUACGUCGAGCGCGCGCUCGAGACGGACGAGCCGCGCGGCCUGAUGAAGGCCGUCGUCGACGGCGAGACGGGGCUGAUCCUGGGCUUCUCGUGCGUCGCCACCGAGGGCGGCGAGCUGAUGAGCCUGGUCGAGAUGGCGAUGAUCGGGGCGAUUCCCUACCGCAAGAUGCAGGAUGCUGUCUGGGCGCAUCCGACGUGGGCGGAGAGCCUGAACAUGCUGUGGAUGUAUUUGCAGUAG